GUUGAGUUAAUAUGUGGUAUUUUCACUGAAAUAUUAUCAAUCGUAAAAGGCAAUGAUGAUGCUGGAUCAAUUUUAAUUUUAGUUAUAGAUACUUUACUCCUCCCAAUCGUUAUUUUUGGAUUCUUCGUUUGUUGUUGUGCGAGAACAGCUUAUCUUUUAAGAAUUUAUUCUAAACUUUAUUAUAUUUUCACGGCUACUGAAAUUUUAGUUACUAUAGUAGCAAUCAUUUUAUUCAUUGUAAAUAAAAGUUCUUAUGUGAACGAUUGUAUUAACAGAAAUAAACAUAAUGGACUUCUUAGCAAAGAUCCAGUGGGCGAUUGUGAGAAUGAAUUUAAGAUAGUUGAAAGCUUAUUGAUUAUUAUUCAUUUUGCCUUGGUUAUUGAAGCUUAUGCUACAAGCCGUAAGGAUAAAGAAAGAAAUGCUUCUUUGGUACUUGAAGAAUUCGAAAGCAAUGUUUCUUCAGCGCAUUAA